UAUUCCUCUACUACCCAUUGUUGGUCCCGAGGGGCGCUGAUCCUGAUGAGCUAUGGAACAAAUGCUUGCCGUCUGCUCGCCCGCACAUCCUUAGCAGAUCACUAUCUUCUUUCACUCGAAACACUAAAAGACGGCUUCGCUUCCUUCUUUGUGACUCACCUGUUCUGCCAGAAGAUGCCGAUGUGUAUCAAUGCAGGUACAGAGUCAAAUGCGGUUCACUUGCUGGAACACAUAAAAUCUUCCAAAGACAGAGAGUUGCAGGUAUGACUACACCAACUCAAAGCGAGGGAGAUCUGUAUUCAACAGCGAACUCUUCGGAGAGUCUUGUAGACCCUAUACACUACAGCUUAUCACAAAGCUUGCCAUUGGAAGAGAGAUAUAAGCUUGAUCGGGACUGGAAACGUAAUGAGGCGGAGCACUCUUAUUCAGAGGCAAAAAAAAACUAUGAGCUACACAUGGGACUACAGGUACAUAAUAAGACAAUCCGAAAACAUGUUGCCGAUUUAAAAGCAGGGAACACUUCUCUGAGCUCACAGGCUCAAGAAACCAAAUCUUUGGUGGAUAAUCUCACCGCCUACAAGGGACAUCUGGAGGAGGACAGACUCCGUGAAUUGCUUAUGCUCCAGUGGCGAGUAAAUGGGAGUGCUGCAGAAUUAGAAGAAGGUAAAAGCUUCCUAAAUGAUCUCAUAGACACUGAGAAUGGAGGCCGAUCUUAAUGACACCAUUUGUGCCACUGCUCAACAAUGCUGCUUUCAUUUCUUCAAGGCGAGAAUCCAGCCAAACCGGAUGUUUUCUUUGUUUUUGUGUUUUUUUCAUUGGCUGAAUAACCGGAUAUAUGGCAAUAUCAAAUAUGGUGUGUUUUUUUUCCUGAGCAAAAAAAUGGUGUGUUUUAGUUGAAUUUCCUUCACAAUUUCGUCGCCGCUCUCGGCUUUGCACCUCAAAUGUAAUUCCAUUUUCUUUAGUUGGUGAAAUAAAGAAACGUUUGUAUCUAA